CAUUUGGCCAUUUCCCAACACAAUUCACAUGCGUGUGCCAAUCCACCACUCUCCUCCUCCCCUCUCACUUGUACACACACCCUCCUCACCACCUGACCACCAUUCUUCAUCACCCCCACCCCCACCCCCACCCCCACCCCUCAUUCGCUCAAUCCGACCCACACCCACUUCAAGAUUUCUCAAAACUCAAAACCCCUUUUCAUGAUUUCAUCAAUCCUUGACUUCAUCUCCUUGCUAUUUUUAGCAUGAGUUUCAUCUCUUUCUGUUAUUAUUUCUAUUUUUACACAAUGGGUUUGUUUCAAAUUGUCUUAAAAUGGUCUUAAAUGGUCUUAAAUGGUUUCAAAUUGGUUAAAGUCAACUUCUUUGUUUAGUUUUUUUCUAUAAAAGUUUGAAGAUUUAGUUCAAUAUUUACUGUUUUAGGGUUUCUUUAAUGGAUUCAGAUCUUCACCACCAGUACAAUCACCAGCAACAGCAGCCGGGUCAAUCGGGUCAAUCGGGUCAAUCAACCAUGAAUUCGGGUUUAACCCGAUACCGAUCCGCACCCAGUUCAUAUUUCUCAAGUUUAAUCAACAGUGGAGUAUAUGGAGAUGAUGAUGAUAGUGACCCGUUUUUCAACCCGAGAGUCUCGUCCAAUGAAACAGAUCAGAUUUUAUCCAGUUACAGUUUGUCAAGCUCCGACCCGAAUCUUAUGAACCAAAUUGGGGGUUUUGAAAACCGGUUGAUUGAUUCCAUAAAGCAAGAACAAGAUGGGAUUUACUCGGUUUCACAACAACAACAACAACAACAACAACAACAACAACAACAACAGGUUGUUUAUCAGGAUCAAAAUCAGUUUGGGUCUCAUUCGGGUCAUAGUACCCGACCCGGACCCGGACCCGGUUCGGAAUCUGUGAAUCUAACAAGUAAUUUGGUCCGGCAGAGUAGUUCACCGGCAGGGUUUUUCUCUCACCUUGAUCUUGACAAUGGUUACCCUUUGAUGAGAUCAAUGGAUGAUUUUCGGACGGGUGCGAGUGGUAAUAUAACGAAGAGAAUGAAGAGCGAAACGGGUUUUUCGUCUGGUUCGCAUUUAUCUUCUGGUUUACUGCCUCGUAUACCUGAAAACGAGGCUAAAGUUAUGGAGAUGAAAGGUGAGGUUAAUGAUGGCGGUUUUGGUUCGACUUCUUGGGAUGAUUCCGACAUUUUGUCCGAUAGUUUCUUGAAAGAGUUUGGAGAAAGUGAUCAGAAUAAGCUAUCUAGUAUAAAUUCAUCUGAAUAUCAGAAUAACGAUGUGGGGAGAAUUCGUGCUCCUACUUCGCUCGUUCAUCACAUGAGUUUGCCUGCAAGUACCACAGAAUUGGAUAAAUUAAUGCAGUUUCAAGAUUCUGUGCCGUUAAGGAGCAGAGCAAAGAGGGGUUGUGCUACUCACCCAAGAAGUAUCGCCGAGAGGGUAAGACGAACCCGAAUUAGUGAAAGAAUGAGGAAGCUACAAGAUCUUGUCCCAAAUAUGGACAAGCAAACAAACACAGCAGACAUGUUGGAUUUGGCAGUUGAAUAUAUAAAAGAACUUCAGAAAGAAGCUGAGACACUUACAGAACAUCAUGCGAAAUGCACAUGUCCACAUAAACAGAAGCUGUAACAAACACAAGUCUAGGAAUAAUAAGCUUCUGUAAAUGAUAUUUGAAGGAGAAGAAGGCGACACUUGUAUUAUCAUGGGAUACUUAGGAAUAAUAAUAUGCACCUGCGCGCAUUGGUGUAUAUAUAUAUAUAUAUAUAUAGAGAGAGAGAGAGAGAGAUAAGGAACUCCAUUGUUGUUGUAGCUAUAGCUUAUUGUUGUUGUACAGUAGUAGCACUCAAGAUUGCAUUAUUCAAUUUCCCUUUGCAUUGCCAUUA